AAACGCAUUUUAAUUCUGCUCUUUCAGUGUGACUGCUGGGAACUCCGGCAGGAGGGUCAGAUGUUCGCCGCGCUCGCUGUGUUUGCUUUCUGGCACCGAGCGAGCCCUGCAGGCUGCGAGCCCCUCCUGGCCCCAGCCGGGCUCUUUGCUCUCUGCCGAGCGCUGAUCUGGGGAGAAAAGUGAGAAUUUCCUUACGUUUCGAAUUUCUCGACUCCCCCUGACUUUUUCUUCUUCGUCGGCGAGUGGCGGAGGAACAACAGCGGCGGCGCAGAAGAGGAGGAGGAGGAGGAGGAGAGCAUCGGAGGAAGGCAGGCGCCCCACGGCCAUCGCGGCAGGGAACGCCACCCGGAGCAAGCGUCACCGGUCGACAUGUCCUACAUCAGCUGCGCCUUGCGGGCGGCCGCCCCCCGCCGCCUGCCAGCCCCCUGGAGAAGCCCCCGGCCCUUCAGCAGCGCCGCGGGACCCCCGGCGGAGAAGAACGUCCCCUACCAGAAGACGCUGAAGGAGGAAGGCGCCAGGAGCACGGGGCCCAGCCGGCCCCCACCGCCCUCGGCUGAGGUGGUGGUGGUCGGGGGGGGCAGCCUGGGCUGCCAGACCACCUACCACCUGGCCAAGCUGGGGGUCACCAGCGUGGUCCUGCUGGAGAGGGACCGCCUGACGUCGGGCACCACCUGGCACACGGCCGGUUUGCUGUGGCAGCUUCGUCCCAGCGACGUGGAGGUGGAGCUGCUGGCGCACACGCGGGACGUGGUCAGCCGGGAGCUGCCGGCGGAGACGGGGCUGCACACGGGCUGGGUGCAGAACGGGGGGCUCUUCAUCGCCUCCAACAAGCAGCGCCUCGACGAGUACAAGAGGCUCAUGUCGCUGGGGAAGGUGUACGGCGUGGAGUCCUACGUCCUGUCCCCGGCACAGACCAAGGAGCUGUACCCACUGAUGAACGUCGCCGACCUCUACGGCACGCUGUACGUCCCCAAGGAUGGCACCAUGGAUCCUGCUGGCACCUGCUCCACUCUUGCCAGAGCAGCAGCUGCCAGAGGUGCUACGAUCAUAGAGAACUGCCCCGUGACUGGCAUCCAGGUCAGAGCCGACGAUUUCGGGGUGAAGCGGGUGCACGCGGUGGAGACGGCCCACGGGACCAUCCAGACCCCCUGCGUGGUCAACUGCGCAGGGGUGUGGGCACGUGCCCUGGGCCAGCUGGCAGGCGUCCAUGUGCCACUGGUGGCGAUGCAUCAUGCCUACGUGGUGACUGAGCGCAUCGAGGGCAUUCAGAACAUGCCGAACGUGCGCGAUCACGAUGCCUCGGUGUACCUCCGUCUCCAAGGCGAUGCCCUCUCCGUGGGCGGCUAUGAGUCAAACCCCAUCUUCUGGGAGGAGGUAUCUGAGAAAUUUGCUUUUGGCCUCUUUGACCUGGACUGGGAUGUUUUCACGCAGCACAUCGAGGGUGCCAUCAACAGGGUGCCGGUGCUGGAGAAAACGGGCAUUAAAUCCACCGUCUGCGGGCCAGAGUCGUUCACGGCCGACCACAAGCCGCUCAUGGGGGAAGCUCCAGAAGUCCGUGGCUUCUUCCUUGGCUGUGGCUUCAACAGUGCUGGGAUGAUGCUGGGAGGUGGCUGCGGGAGGGAGCUGGCUCACUGGAUCGUCCACGGGCGGCCGGAGAAGGACAUGUACGGCUAUGACAUCAGGAGGUUUCACCAGUCCCUCACCGACAACAACCGCUGGAUCCGGGAGCGGAGCCACGAAUCCUACGCCAAGAACUACUCCGUCGUCUUCCCCCAUGAUGAGCCGCUGGCGGGGCGCAACAUGAGGAAGGACCCCCUGCAUGAGGAGCUGCUGCAGCAGGGCUGUGUUUUCCAGGAGAGGCACGGCUGGGAGCGGCCGGGCUGGUUCAGCCCCAAGGGAGCAGCUCCGGUCCUGGAUUACGAUUAUUACGGGGCCUACAGCCAGGAGCGCCACAGGGACUACGCCUACAACCAGCUGCUGGCAGACGAGUACACCUUUGACUUCCCCCCCCAUCACGACACUAUCAAGAAUGAAUGCUUAACGUGCCGAAACGCCCUGGCUCUCUUCGACAUGUCUUAUUUCGGGAAGUUCUACCUGGUUGGCCCCGAAGCGACAAAAGCGGCCAACUGGCUGUUCACCGCCGACGUGAGCAAAGCGCCAGGCUCCACCGUGUACACCUGCAUGCUGAACAAGCGCGGCGGCGUGGAGAGCGACCUGACGGUCAGCAGGAUCAGCCCCGGGGAGCCGGGCUCCCCCCUGGCCCCCGCCUUCCAAGGGGACGGCUACUACCUGGCCAUCGGCGGGGCAGUGGCGCAACACAACUGGUCGCACAUCACGGCGGUGCUGCAGGACAUGAAGCUCCAGUGCCAGCUCAUUGACUGCUCGGAGGAGCUGGGCAUGAUGAGCCUGCAGGGCCCGCUCAGCCGUGCCGUCCUCCAAGAAGUGCUCGACACCGACCUCAGCAACGAGGCCUUCCCCUUCUCCACCCACAAACUCGUGAGGGCCGCGGGAUGCACGGUCCGUGCCAUGAGGCUGUCGUUCGUCGGCGAGAUGGGCUGGGAGCUGCACGUGCCCCGGGCGGACUGCGUCAGGGUGUACCGGGCGGUGAUGCAGGCGGGCGCCCGGCACGGCAUCGCCAACGCCGGCUACAGAGCCAUCGACAGCCUCAGCAUCGAGAAAGGGUACAGACACUGGCACGCAGACCUGCGCCCCGACGACACCCCGCUAGAAGCAGGCUUGGCCUUCACCUGCAAGCUCAAGUCCGGCAUCCCCUUCCUGGGCCGGGAGGCUGUGGAAGCCCAAAAAUCCUCAGGCAUCUUCCGCCGCCUUGUGUGCUUCACCACUGACGAGAAGGUGCCGAUGUUCGGCCUGGAGGCCAUCUGGAGGGACGGCCAGGUGGUCGGCCACGUCCGUCGGGCAGACUUUGGGUUCGCCAUCGACAAAACCAUCGCCUACGGCUACAUCCGCGACCCCGCGGGGGGACCCGUCUCGCUGGAUUUUGUGAAGAGCGGCAGCUACCAGCUGGAGAGGAUGGGGGUGAGCUACCCUGCCCGAGCACACACCAAGUCCCCGUUUGACCCGGAGAACAAGCGAGUGAAGGGCAUUUACUGAAGGACACCGGGAUGGGGAUGGGAGAGCCCUUUGGAGGUACCGACCAAGUCCCCAGACCUCGCUGCCCCAGCAGGGAGAGCUGGGCAAACGCCUACAGUCUGCAGUGAACUCAUCGAGCAAAUUUGGUCCAGAUUAAAGGGGAAGAAAUGGAAGAGGUUCCAAAGAGCCCAACAAUUUUGUUCCCAGCUUUCCUAAAUGAAGCAAUACCACUAGAGCAAUAGUUCUUUCCCGUGGGUUAAUUGACCUGAAAACAGUGUUUUGCUUGACUGCAAAGGAAAUAGUUUCAAUUUUUGACUUUGCUGGAAACCCUUUCCCCCAAAAUGUAGUUUCAUGCUGCACGGAAAUGAAUUUUUUAAACCAUCUCUCUGCCAUUAAUAUGACUGUCACCUCC